GGGAGAAAAAUACAUGGGGAUGUGGCAAGAUGAUUUUUGCCAAGGCAAUGGUGUUGUGGUCACACAGUUUGGAUUAUAUUAUGAAGGAUCCUUUAACAACAAUAAAAUGAUGGGGACUGGGGUUUUGCUGUCUGAAGAUGACACGGUAUACGAAGGAGAAUUUUCAGAUAAUUGGACCCUCAAUGGAAAGGGAACGCUGACUUUGCCAAAUGGAGACACUAUUGAAGGCACUUUCAGUGGUGAAUGGGGAUCUGGAAUAAAGAUUACAGGGACCUACUUCAAGCCCACUUUAUAUGAUCACGAGAAAGAUCGGCCUAAAACACUGCGAAAGUUAGGAAACCUUGCGGUCCCAGCAGACGAGAAGUGGAGGGCGGUGUUCGAGGACUGCUGGCACCAUCUCGGCUGUGAACAGCCAGGUCAAGGGGACAGGUGGAAAGCAUGGGAUAACAUUGCUGUUGCCCUGACAACCAAUCGAAGGCAACACAAAGAAAGUCCAGAACUCUUGAGCAGAUCACACGCACAAACCCUGGAAAGCUUGGAGUUCAUUCCACAACAUGUCGGUGCCUUCUCGUUGGAAAAAUAUGACAACAUUAAGAAAUACCUCAUAAAGGCAUGUGAUACUCCUCUGCACCCUUUGGGGAAACUUGUGGAAACUCUGGUAGCUGUAUACCGCAUGACGUAUGUGGGAGUAGGAGCCAAUCGGCGGCUUUUGAAGGAGGCGGUGAAGGAGAUUAAAUCCUAUUUGAAGCGCAUCUUCCAGUUGAUCAGAUUCCUGUUCCCUGAUCUUCCUGGAGAAGGCAGUGUAAUUCCCUCCCUGAUGACUGAGACGAAAGAAGCCAGGUCUUUCUGUACUGGGAAAAAGGACUCGGAACCAGACUCUCCAGAGCCAGGCUAUGUGGUGACAAGCUCUGGCUUAUUACUUCCUGUGCUGCUCCCACGACUUUACCCUCCUCUGUUUAUGCUGUAUGCCUUGGACAAUGAAAGAGAGGAAGAUGUUUACUGGGAAUGCGUUCUGCGUUUGAACAAACAACCAGAUAAAGCACUGUUGAGCUUUUUGGGAGUGCAAACGAAGUUUUGGCCAACAACAGCAUCUGCCUUUGGUGAGAAUAAAAAGGUAUUGCCAAAUUCAAAAGAUGCCUGUUUUGCUUCUGCUGUGGAAUGCCUACAACAGAUCAGGCAUGCUAUUACCAGAUUCAGCAUGAAAAGCUCACCUAACAUAUUUGCCUUAUGUAGAAGACUCGCCUGAAUUUUUAUUCAUCCUCCCUGAAAUACUUAAAAUGAAAACAGAGACGUCAACCUGUGGAUGCAAUUUCUAAAGCUUUCAAGUCAGAAAAAAAAGCAAAGAUGUCAGAUCAAAGAAAAAGAGAUCAGAUUUCGGAAAGCAAUUAUUUUUUGAAGAAAAUGUUACGUAGAUCUCAAGAAAGACAAAUACCAUCCAGGACACAUGCUGCUUUUGACACAGAAGAAGCUGAAAAUGUUGUGAUUUUGAAGGACUGAAAUGCACUACGGAACUACUGUAUUAUUUUUAAAUGAAGCUGCCUAGGUUUGUGUGUCACCGGGGAAAAAUAGUUG